AAUCAAUUUUCACACAAUAUAUAAAGCUUAGAUAUUGUCCCUUUUUUCAUCUUACUUUGUUGGUUGUGCUGUCUUGUGUCUUUCACAAAAACAACACAGUGAAACAAACACAGAACAUCUUACACUGAGUCAAGUUAAAGCUACUUCAAAUCCAACAACAAAAAUAUAGUCUUAGGUUUUUGUUCUUUUAAUUUUAUUUUUAUUUUGCUUUUGCUGUUUUUUUCAUCAAAAUGGGGAUUGUUUCUCAAGAUGCCCUUAACCAACUGCAAGCUCUCAUAGAUCAAGUUGAGGAGCCACUUCAGAAAACGUUUCAGAAUGUUCAUCAAGGACAUGUACCGGAAACCUUGAUUCGGUUUCUGAAAGCAAGGGAAUGGAAUGCUUCAAAGGCGCAUAAGAUGUUAAUCGAGAGUUUGAACUGGAGGGUACAAAAUGAGAUUGACAAAAUAUUAUCGAAACCAAUAAUCCCUCAAGAUUUGUACAGAGGUGUGCGUGAUUCUCAGCUCAUAGGAUUGUCAGGGUACUCAAGAGAGGGUCUGCCUGUCUUUGCAAUCGGUGUUGGACUUAGCACAUUUGACAAAGCAUCUGUCCAUUAUUAUGUUCAGUCUCACAUUCAAAUUAAUGAAUAUCGUGAUCGUGUAAUUUUGCCUUCUGCAUCGAAGAAGCAUGGUCGCCCUAUUACAACAUGCGUAAAGGUUUUGGAUAUGACUGGUCUGAAGCUGUCAGCCCUGAAUCAGAUUAAGUUGUUAACAAUAAUAUCAUCCAUUGAUGAUCUGAACUACCCUGAGAAAACAAAUACUUAUUACAUUGUAAAUGCCCCAUACAUAUUUGCGGGUUGUUGGAAGGUUGUGAAGCCACUUUUACAAGAGAGGACUAGAAAAAAGGUGCAAGUCUUACAAGGUUGUGGCCGAGAUGAGCUGUUGAAGAUCAUGGAUUACGCAGCUCUACCGCAUUUCUGUAGAAAAGAAGGUUCUGGAUCAUCCAAACAUUCAGGGAGUGGGAGUGAAAAUUGCUAUUCCUUGGAUCACCCCUUUCAUCAAGAACUCUACAACUACAUCAAGGAACAAUCAAGAAUGAAUGAAUCAAAGGAACCAAUCAAGCAAGGAUCGUUCCAUGUAGAAUUUCCUGAACCUGCUACUAAGGAAGAAGCAGAUAUUGCGAAGACUAUAGAGUCCGAGUUACACAAGUUUGAGAACAGCCGUGAGAAUGUUGAUUGUUAAGUGAUACUAUUUAUGACUUAACUGUCGAUGGUGUCUUCACCGUCAUCUGGUCUUUUUGUAAGUCCUAUAAAUCUUCUUAAUUAUUUGAACCAAACCGGUGUAGUAGUACAGAAGGUUACACCCUUCACAUUUAUCAGUAUUCUGCUGUAGUAGUUAGCUUUAUAAGUUUAGGGAAUAGUCGGAAAUAAAACCGAUAAGAGCUUUGCAUUGUGUCAUAAUUCUAGAUAUAAAUGUCAAAUAUAUUAUUUUACUAGUA